AUGCCUCUGUCUAUUCAAGCUGUUGCAUGGAAUUUGGAAGCCAUCUCUUUCGAUGAUUGCAACAAAACGAAGUCCUGCUUGUUUUCACCUGCCAAUUGCGACCCAGCUGUCAAUUGCGUCACCAUUCUCACUUUCAAGCCGGAACAGGACUACGUUGAUUUUGAAGCGAGCACGGUCGAGCUAGCCCAAGGCCCUCUGGACUCAAAAUAUAUCGCCGUCGGCUUCUCAGACGACCAAGAAAUGGGCGAUGACAGCGUCACGUACUGCCAAUACCAAGCUCAUGACAAUUCGGUUUCAGUUGCUCUUGGCUUCAAUUUGGGGCAUGCUGUAAACGUACCGAUUGGAAACGAAGAUACGGUUAGUCUAUUAGAAGGUGGUGUAAUCAACAGCACUCUGGUCUGUCGGUUCAGGCAGAAAAUUAUUCCUACGAAGAAGUCGAAGUAUAUUCGGCCACUGAACGAGUCUUAUUUCUUGUUUUUAACAACAGGACCAGUUAUGCCAGAUGGAAAAUUAACGGUGCACGCAUUGGAUCACGACAUGGACAAUUUCCCGUACAUCUCUGACCACAAAAUCAAUCUCGUCGCUUUGGGCGGUGCCAUUGCAAAUGCAGAGCCAUAUGUGUCUGAACAUACGACAGCAAAAACAAUUCUAAAGAAAACCCAUGGUAAGUUAAAGAGUACAGUAUUCAUAUCAAAACAGCGGCUGAUCAGUCAAUAAAG